GGCAACUCUGAGGUAGAGGCAGACUUACAUCAGUGUGUAUAAUGAGCCUCCAUCACAUUGUUCUGGGCAUCCUUGCCCUGCAGUUGGUGCUUAGCUCCACAACCGUUGCCAAGUCCUCUGGGGUUAACCUUCGCACCUUCAUAGGCUGUGCAGUGAGAGAGUUCACCUUCCUCGCUAAGAAACCUGGCUGCAAAGGGCAGCGCAUUUCCACCGAUGCCUGCUGGGGGCGCUGUGAGACAUGGGAGAAGCCAGUCCUGGAUCGUCCUAACAUUGAAGCACACCACCGAGUGUGCACCUACAAUGAAACCAGAAUGGUCACGGUCAAGCUGCCCAACUGCUUGCCUGAUGUGGACCCCUUCUACACAUAUCCUGUCGCUUUAAGGUGUGACUGUGGGGUGUGCUCAACCACCACUACUGAAUGUGAGACUUUAUAAAAUGAGGAGCAGCACAGGCUAUUGCAUUCUUCCAUGGAGUAGACUCUUAUUAGAGACAAUACUUACUUUAUAAAGUGGGAAAGAGGACAGCCUUGUUCCGUUUGUAUUAAAAUGAUGUGUUUAAAACGUGUUUGUUAGUAUAUUAUUAAAGAUGGUUUCCUGUGUGAGUGCUCAUGGUUUCAUGUACAGUAUAAGUCAACUGCAACAGUAAAGAAAUGCAUUUAAUCUAAAAACACUUUAAAAUACAAUAAAGGUACUAUUAGCAUUCAUUGAUUAUUAUUCUGAAUAUGUUUUGUAAUACUGAUGUAACCAGAGUUUUGG